GGGAUGGCAUCACCCGGCAACCACUCCUCUGCUCCAGUCUCCGAAUUCCUCCUCUUCUGCUUCCCUAACUACCAGAGCUGGCAGCACUGGCUGUCCCUGCCCCUCAGCCUCCUCUUCCUCCUGGCCAUGGGGGCCAACGCCACCCUCCUGGUCACCAUCUGGCUGGAGGAAUCCCUGCACCAGCCCAUGUACUACCUGCUCAGCCUCAUAGCCAUACUGGACAUGGUGCUCUGUCUCACCGUCAUCCCCAAGGUCCUGGCCAUCUUCUGGUUUGACCUCAGGGCCAUCAGCUUCUCUGCCUGCUUCCUCCAGAUGUUUAUCAUGAAUUGUUUCCUCCCCAUGGAGUCCUGCACCUUCAUGGUCAUGGCCUACGACCGCUAUGUGGCCAUCUGCCACCCUCUGAGGUACCCAUCCAUCAUCACUGACCAGUUUGUGGCCAAGGCUAGUGUGUUUAUUGUCACACGAAAUGCCCUUCUAACUGUACCCAUUCCCAUCCUCUCUGCCCGGCUCCGCUAUUGUGGGAGAAAUGUCAUUGAGAACUGCAUCUGUGCCAACCUGUCUGUGUCCAGGCUCUCCUGUGACAACUUCACCCUCAACAGAAUCUACCAAUUCGUGGCCGGUUGGACCCUACUGGGCUCGGACUUCCUCCUCAUUUUCCUCUCCUACAUCUUCAUCCUGAGAGCCGUGCUCAGGUUCAAGGCCGAGGGGGCUGCAGUCAAGGCUCUGAGCACCUGCGGCUCCCACUUCGCCCUCAUCCUCUUCUUCAGCACCAUCCUGCUGGUCGUGGUGUUGACGAACGUGGCCAGAAGGAGGGUCCCCGUGGACAUCCUGAUCCUGCUCAAUGUCCUGCACCACCUCAUCCCCCCUGCCUUGAACCCUAUUGUGUAUGGGGUUCGGACCAAGGAGAUAAAGCAAGGAAUUCAGAAACUGCUGCAGAGAGGGAGGUGA